UUGAAUCUUGCAGUUUUGUAACACGUAUUUACAAUUCGAUCUUCUCAAAAUGGUGGCUAUAGGCAUCGAUCUUGGGACUACGUAUUCGUGUGUGGCGGUCUGGAGGCAAGGACACGUGGAAGUUAUACCCAACGAACAAGGUAAUCGUUCAACUCCAUCUUACGUAGCUUUCACAGAGACGGAACGACUUAUAGGCGAAUGCGCUAAGAACCAAGCGGUUUUUAACCCGCGCAACACGGUUUUUAGCGCUAAGCGCUUAAUCGGACGCCGCUACGACGAUAUCGGAGUCCAAAUGGACCUACGGUAUUGGCCAUUCAAUGUCGUCAAUGAAAACGGUAAGCCAAUUAUAUCGGUUACAUACAAACGCGAUACGAAGCGGUUCGCUCCUGAGGAAAUAAGCAGUAUGCUACUUUUCAGGAUCAAGGAGAUGGCCGAGGCGUAUCUCGGGUGCGAAGUCGAUAAAGCAGUGAUCACUGUGCCUGCUUAUUUCACGGACUCCCAACGUCAAGCCACUAGGACGGCUGGCGUCGUCGCUGGCUUUCAGGUCCUCAGGGUGACGAACGAGCCGACAGCAGCCGCCCUCGCCUACAGCAUAGACAAGAAACUUAAAGGCAAAAAGAUCUUAGUUUACGACUUAGGCGGUGGCACAUUCGACGUUUCGAUCCUGAUCAUCAAGGACGGUCCGGUGUAUGAAGUGAAAGCGACAGCCGGCAACACUAGAUUGGGCGGAGAGGACUUUGAUAACAGAUUAGUUGCGUAUUUCUCUGAGGAUUUCCGCAAGCGGUUCAAUAUUGAUAUAACGAAGAAUCCGAAGUCGUUGAGGAGACUCAAAACUGCUGCGGAGAGAGUUAAAAGGUUUCUCACUUCGGCCACCGAAGCAACAGUACAAGUCGAGUCCUUGUACGAUGACAUUGACUAUGUCGGAAAGAUUUCUCGGACCGUAUUCGAAGAGCUAUGCUCUGAUUUAUUCAACGACACGUUCAAAUUGAUCGAGCAGGCUUUAGCCGAUGCGAGGCUGAAGAAAAAUGACAUAGAUCGUGUAAUUCUGGUCGGAGGUAGUACGAGAAUACCAAAGAUACAGGAGAUGCUACAUGAAUACUUCGAAGGGAGGGUGUCGGCAUGUCUGAAUCCCGAUGAGGCUGUAGCGCAUGGAGCCGCCAUCCAAGCAGCGAUAUUGAGUGGAGAACACGACGUUAACAUCCGAGACCUGCACCUCGUUGACGUGGUCCCAUUAUCGUUGGGCGUCGAGACAGUCAGAGGAGUAAUGUACAAAGUCAUCGAACGAAAUACAUCUAUACCCUGUCGAAGGACCAAAGACUUGACCACUCUAGAUGACUACCAAAACAGCAUGACAAUCGAAGUUUUCGAAGGCGAACGAACGCUAACGAAGGACAACAGCUUACUUGGAGUAUUCGAUCUCCACGGCAUUCCACCGGCUCCGAGAGGUGUCGCGAAAGUCGAUGUCACAUUCGAUAUAGACGCGAACGGCAUCUUGAGCGUGACCGCGCGAGAUCGGAGCACCGGUAACUGCAAGAGUAUCACUAUAAAAAACGAGAACAGAGUCUCUCAGCUGCAGAUAGGGAAAAUGAUAGCAGAUGCCGAAACUUACCGCGAAGAAGACAGGGAGAAUCAACGGAGAUUGGAGUGCAGGAACCAGCUCGAAACCUAUAUCUACGAUGUUAAGAACAGAGCGGAGAAUAGUCAUGAAUUAGGAGAAGAAGAACGCAUGCAGAUUAAGAAGGAAUGUGAGAGCGCGGUGGAGUGGUUGGAUGAUAACGGGGAUUGUUUGAGAGAAGAAUUCGAACGGAAAAUGACUGAGCUGAUGAGGCAGUGGUCUGUUGUAAUGCAGAAGUUGUACGGUGGCUCUUUGAGACAUAUAGCGAAGAGACAGAGAAGCGAGAGCUACCAGGUCCCAGAGGAGAAUGAAUUUGCCAUCGAAGACAUUCUGGAAUAA